AUGGCGGCCGUACUAUUGAGAUAUUCUUCUCUUACAAACCUAUAUGACAUUAUAAGAGAAGAAUCUCCCAUCUCCCUCACCCAUUUCUUAGCUGCAACUGCUCUAACCAUUCUAGUUAUCUGUUUCACUUUGAGAUCCAAUUCUGUUUACCUUGUUGACUUCUCAUGUUAUCUGCCUCCUGAUUACCUGCGAGCUCCACAUUCCCAUUUCCAUGAACACUUUGACGCAUCUGGUGCCUUUGACACAGAUAGUCUGGACUUUCAGAUGAAAGUAAUGGAGAGAUCAGGCAUUGGAGUUGAGGCUGGCGAACCUCUUUCGCUGCAUCAGAUCCCGGCUGAUUCUUCCAUCAUCGGUACUCAAGAGGAAACUACAACGGUUCUGUUCACUGUCGUCGAAGACCUCCUUUCCAAGCACAACAUAAAUCCUAAAAGCAUCGACAUCCUCGUAUCCAACUGCAGCCUCUUCUGCCCUACCCCGUCUAUCACGUCGAUGAUUGUAAACAAGUUCGGAUUCAGGAGCAACAUCAAGACUGUCAGCCUGGGCGGAAUGGGUUGCAGUGCUGGGAUGUUAUCAGUAAGUCUGGUUAAAGAUCUUCUGAAAGUUCACAAAAAUUCAGUAGCUUUAGUUCUCAGCAUGGAAGCUGUAACUCCCAAUGGUUAUCGAGGUAAGGUGAAGUCCAUGCUUAUUGCCAACGUUUUAUUUCGAAUGGGAGGAGCGGCUGUUUUGCUGUCUAACAGGAAGCAAGACAAGAAGAAGGCCAAGUACGAACUCCAGAACCUUGUCCGAACCCACCUAGGAUCCAAUGACAAAGCAUACCACUCUGUUUUCCAACAAGUUGAUGAUGCUGGGCAUGCUGGGGUGUCUCUGUCACGGGCACUUCUACACGUGGCAGCCAACGCUUUAAGGACAAAUAUAUCGGAGCUAGGGCCUCGUGUAUUGCCAUACUCGGAGCAGCUCCGGUAUGGCUGGUCGAUGAUUAGACAGAAAAUAUGGGGGCAGAAGGAAAUUUACGUGCCGAAUUUCAAAAGUGCUUUUGAGCAUUUUUGUAUACAUGCUGGUGGGAAGGCAGUAAUUGAUGGCAUAGAGGAUAAUCUGAGGUUGGGAAAGGAAGAUGGAGAAGCAUCAAGAAUGACAUUGUAUAGGUUUGGGAAUACUUCAUCUUCUUCACUUUGGUAUGAGCUCGGCUAUCUGGAGGCGAAAGGAAGGGUGAAGAAGGGAGAUCGGGUUUGGCAAAUCGCAUUCGGAAGCGGCUUCAAGUGCAACAGUGCAGUUUGGAAAUGCAUUUCGGAUCUUGAUCCUACACCCAGAAAUUCAUGGUCGGACAGAAUCCAUUUGUAUCCAGUUCAGAUUCCAGAAGUGUUUGACCAUUGA